UCUUUUCGUAACGACACCUUGCGGAAAGGGUCACCGCUUUCGUGAAUCUCGAGUGGAAAGAAAAGAAAUCCAUGGAAGUUGCAAAACCAAAAGGUGUUGAGAUCGCAAAGGGACACGUAACAGCAAGGCCACAUGGCGCCCCACGACCACCGAGCUCCGCCCAACAAAGACCCAAACCCAAAUCCACCACCACUUCCUCUCUUCCUCCUUGCCGCAAGAAACGAAAGCCCACCACCAAUUUCAACAUGGACCUCCACCACCACCACCACCACCACUCCCCACAUUUCAAAAUUCGCGCUCUCGUUCAUCGGCUUCGUCCCCGAUUUAUUGAGGUUCUUCGAACACCGGAUUUUCGGAAUUGUAAAGCGGCUGAUGAAAUUCGAAAGGAACUGAAUCUUUUGAUGGAGCUACACAAACAGCUGGCCAAGGAUACCGGCACACAGAGGAAGUUUGUGCCAGAACAUCAGCAUCCGGCACGUGACAGCGAGCCUGCGAAAGAAAACCAAGAUGGGAAAGGGCCGCAGCAGCUUCAACCAAGGUGCUCAGUUCAAAAUUCUGUACAAGGUAACAGUACUCGACCGGCUCCUCUCAGCGCAAAUAAGAAACCAGUUGAUUGCAAACUACAGGGAAGCUACAUUGUGGGCGGUUCAGCAUUUGGUUGGAACUUCAUCACAUUUUCCGCAGGACGGCACUAAACCAGUCUACUGUGGGGUGACGAAGGAGGCACAUCGAAGCAGCAACGAUCGAUUAGGAGACGCUAAUCUGGCCAUAACGACCGAGUUUUCUGAUUAUUGUGCACCGUCUAUAGCAGAGUGAGUUAGAAGCCGGCAGGUAAAACCGGUUGCUUUUGCAUCUUAUUAGGGAAAAGGCUACACAUUAGAAUGCUGAUGGCAAAAGAGGUUUUGUAUAGGACAAUUUUGUGACAGACUUACUCAUGAUGGCAAAAAUGGUAAUCUGCUGCUACAUUUUGGGACUCGGUUAUGAAACACAAACUUUGCUUUUUUAUA